AUGCGGCUGAAGGAGACAGAGCGUGUCUUGUGGCAGCUUCUAACUGCUUCUACGGAAAAAGACCUGGCAACUGCCUUCACUGAGGACAGCAUAUGUCAGGUACCAGAAAGUCUUGCCAUAUCUACACUAGCCACCACCGAAGAGAAGAGGUCUGCCAUAGCUUUCUGGGAGCAGUUUCCUUUGCAGAAUCCCGUGGAUGUUCAGACCUGGAUGGAGAGCCUGGACCCGAUCUCAAAUAGCGAAGGCUUGCUGUUUCAGAACUCAAUGUCCGGUGAAGAAUUGAGUCAGGACCCGCAGCGUGUUGCGGAGGACUUAGAUACCGAGUACUCAGACUCCGGUAUCGCCGUACAGCAUGACAGCCAGAGUGGGAUUCACGCCCCAGUGCCUGCGUCGUUGUCUCAUUACGAUACUUCAGCGGGUCAACAUGCCCUCCCAUCCAUCCCAACCGGAUUGCAGCAUUCGCAACUUGACACAUCGUCGAAACAACAAUCUGACAAGGAUCCAGUAUCCUCCGGUAGGGGUGCUGCUGCCAGGAGAUUUGGUUUAUCAAAGGAGUUCCAAGAUAUGUUUCUGUGGUAA